AUGACUAAUUCCAAUAGCAUUGAUGACAUUCAUCAUAAACGACAUUCCACGUCAAAACACCAAAACGAGACUGGAAAGAAACACAAUCACCAUUCAAGAGUUAGACAAAACCAACAUAUAACAAAAUGUGGAAAUUGUGGACAGUCACAUCACAGCAAAGAUCGAUGUCCGGCAAGAGGAAAACUAUGCAAGAACUGCCAUAAAUGGAAUCACUAUGCAGUUGUGUGUAGGUCAAACAAAAAAGUGCAUGAAAUCGAAACCGGAAACAAUAACAGUGACAGUAACAGUGACAGUGAAUUUUGUAUUGGUGCAGUUGAUUCAAAUUCAAAGGGACAGGUAUUUGUUGAUUUACAGGUGGGCUCUAAAGGUCAUUUUAAACAGUUUAAACUUGACACAGGGGCAUGCUGUAACAUCCUUUCUGAGGCAGAUUUCAAAUCCUUCAAGGUCAAUACUCCCUUAAAGAAGCCAACUGUCAAACUCACUGCUUACUCAGGCACUGAAAUUAAGGUUCUAGGAGUAGUAGAUCUCUCAUGCAGCUACAAGAAGAAAUGCACAAAACUUGUACAAUUUUAUGUUGUGAGAACAAACAAACCCUCUAUCCUAGGUUUACAAUCAUGCCUUGACUUCAAUUUAAUUAAGAUUGUAAUGUCCGUAGACCAGAAUGAGCAAAUGAAUAAAAAUUCUGUCUUGCGUGACUUUCCUGAAGUUUUUCAUGGCUUUGGAAAAUUACCUGGUGCUUGUUCGAUCAAAGUAGAUCCCAAGUAUUCCCCAGUAAUUCAUGCUCCCCGACGCGUUCCUGUAGCUCUUCAGAGCAAGGUUAAAAAGGAACUUGAUGCUAUGGAAAAGGCUGGAAUCAUAGCCAAGGUCACCACACCAACAAAUUGGGUGAAUAGUAUGGUCGUAGUCAAUAAGCCACAUUCUGAUAAAGUUAGAAUUGUAAUUGACCCUAAAGACCUUAAUAAGGCAAUCCAUAGGCCACAUUAUCCUACAAAAACCUUAGAUGAUAUUUUGCCGCAGUUAAAAUCUGCAAAAUAUUUCACAAAACUUGACUGCAAAUCAGGUUACUGGUCCGUUGUUUUAGAUGAUGAAUCAUCAUAUCUAACAACAUUCAACACCCCUCAAGGUCGUUAUAGGUAUCUAAGAUGUCCCAUGGGACUGAAAUGCAGCCAAGAUCUUUUCCAGCAAAAGAUGGAUGAGUGCUUAGAAGGCUUACUUGGUUGUAGUGUCAUUGUAGAUGACAUUCUUGUUUAUGGUUCAACUCGAGAAGAGCAUGACAUAAACCUAAGAAACUUAUAG